GCUCGCCUUCAGUCGAUGGCCGUGUUCGAAGAGGAUGAGGGCGGGCGGAAGCCUCGGCCCUUCCGCCCGUUCCGAAGUCACGAGGAGUAUCUUUAUGCGAUGAAGGAAGAUUUAGCGGAGUGGCUACAGACUCUUUAUGACCUCCCGGUAACCGCAGACGAUUUCAUGGACCGUUUGGAGACCGGGGUGGUGCUGUGCCGGCAUGCGAACCGUGUCAUAUCGGCCGCUAAACGCCGGGGCCGAUCCCCGGACGAGUGGCGAGAAGUGGUGUACCGCCCCGAGGUACAGCCCGGCACAUUCCACGCCCGAGACAACGUGCACAACUUCAUCGCCUGGUGCCGGGGCGCCCUCAAGAUCAAGGAAUGUCUAUUGUUCGAAACGGACGAUCUGGUGAUGAGGAAAAACGAAAAAAACGUGGUGCUAUGUUUAUUGGAAGUGGCCCGUCGGGGCACCAGGUUCGGGAUGCCGGCGCCUCUCCUCGUGCAAAUGGAAAGAGAGAUUGAUGCAGAAAUAGCGGCCACCAGCCGCGAAGAAGAGUCUAGGACAACCCCUCCAUCGUCCCUGUCUCUAAGGGGUGACUCGGACGAGGGUCACGAGGCCGAUGACGAUUCGGAGUCCGAGCCCCCUGCCACUCCGAGGCAACCGCAGACACCGCAGCCGCAAAUUGUGACAAAUGACCUGAGGUCUCUACACGAAAGGGUGAGUCUCAUUACUUUCUAUUUUCCUGAUAUAACAUUGCCCGUUUUUACCUUCUGAGG